GUGGACUGGCUACAUAUUUGCGUCCGUCGAUUUCAUUGGUCCGGGGAAUGUUUCCAUGGAACUAGCUUAGCUCAGCGAACGUCCAGACAGCGCAUCUUUUUGAUCAAGAAUCUGGCCUGGCCCAGAGCCGACAUCUUCAGAUCUCAAAAUGCGCUGGUCAUCUCUUGGUCGGUAGUGCUCGCUAGAUUGGAGCCGCAUGCAAUCGUAGCCGAAACCCAGCUGCUGCCUGUCAGUAGUCCAACAUUCCCACCAGAAGCUCAGUUACCAUUCCUCCGGCAUUUAGAUGGGCAAUCGUUCGUUGGAACAGGAGCAUACCAUUCUCUGGUCGGCGCGACGCCUUCGUGAACCAUGUCUUCGCACGCCUUGGGAUACCCUUCGAGCUCUGUGACCUCACCAAUCGGUCAGCGAAAGGUCGCCAUCCCACGCUUGCAGAGAGCCGACUUGGGACAAAAUUUCGCCAAAGAACGACGCCGGGUCCCUCGAGCUUGUACAGCAUGCCGCUCCCACAAGAUCAAGUGCACUGGCGAACGGCCAUUUUGCAAGCACUGCGCAACCACAAGCCGCGAAUGUGUAUAUAUAAUGCCCCGGAAAGAUAGAUUGAAGGUCGUCAUGGAUCAAUGCGGUCAAAUGGCAGAUCUAUUAAGAAGAUUGAGAUCCUGCGCACGCGCAGAAGAUAAGGACAAGAUAGCGCAUAUUUUGGGUGCAGUUGAUGAAGAAUUGUCCGAGUAUGGACACACGAUGGCAUCGUCAAAUACCGAUCCUGAAUCCUAUGAUUCUCACGAGAGCGUGGACAUGAGCGGUGCUAACCGUCAUGAGGAGCUGAAUACUGAUUUUUUGGAUCCUCUAGUCGAAGAUCUACAUAAAGACGACCGUGCUCGGGCCACUGGCUUUGUCGGAAAGAAUUCAGAGAUUCACUGGUUACGUGAAGUCACGCUCCCGCAACCGGGUCGGGGAGAUGAAGAUAUGAGCGGAAGAAUACCUCAGCAAGGAGGUUUGUAUGUUCCGGGGAGCGAACAGGUGUCUUUUUUCAGUUAUUGGGCUGAUGGAGAAGACGUCGAUGUCGACUUCUUCGUUGAUUCGUACGAGCUACCGCCACCGGACACUGCUGAGCGCCUGCUUCAGUGUUACAUGCUCAAGGUGCACUCUUCGUUCCCUAUACUUCCGCGCAAGGUCUUCGAGGACCAGUUUCGAAAGUAUUUCACGGCGCUGCGGAAUGGGAACGCUCCGCGCCUGAGCCCAAGUUGGCAAGCGAUUCUGAAUAUGGUCUUUGCAAUUGGGGCAAAGUUCUCGCAUCUAAUCCAAGCUAAUUGGCAAGACGAUGAGCGGGACCACCUCAUCUACCAAACACGGGCUCGAGCGUUUGGCCUUAACCAGACUACGAUUACAACCCAUUCAGACCUUCCCCAAAUCCAGAGCUUGGGGCUUUUAGCUUUCUACUGGCUAUCAGUCGGCCAAGUGAGUCGGGCCUGGACUGUUAUCGGUAUAGCGUUACGUUUCGCGUACUCGCUCGGCCUCCACGUUCGGAACGAAGAUCCCUCUGCUACAGCUGGAAAGCGAGAGACACUGGUCCGUACAUGGUGGAGUCUUUACUCGCUUGAGCGAACGCUUAGCGUUAUAACGGGGCGUCCCAGUAUCAUAGUCGACGCGUACUGUUCAGUGCCAUUGCCUAUUCCACUUCCAGAAGAGGAAAUUUCGGAAAACGUAGAGGCGACAUAUCGUGCGCGAAGAGGAAGUACGACAACACUGCUUGAAUCAAGCCCCAUACAUGCCAGCUCUUCCAAUGUCGCAACGGAACUUCUACUGGCUCCAACAAAUUCCGGCACCGCUGAUGCGAACUCGGGAUCGUACUUCAAGGCGGUCGUCCAGCUGUCGAUCAUAACCCAAAGUAUCCUCCCGUUGCUCUAUUCUGCAGGUACUGUGAUUCGACCUCCGAGUAAAGUCCAGCAAGAUAUGACUCAGUUGAACAUGCGACUCGACCAGUGGAUCAUAUCGUUACCGGUGCAGCUCAGCUUCAAGUUCACGAACAACGAGCCGAGUGACGUAUUCAAUCAUGAGCGUCUGCUUCUCGAAUUCCAAUUCUGCAGUGCAAAGAUACUGCUCACGCGCCCAUGCCUCAGCGCCUGGAAACAACCUUGGCAUGAGCCAAACGAGGCGAGCUUCCCCAGGCAAAUGGCAAACAGCUGCAUCGAGGCCGCGAAGGUGAUCGUGUCGUUGCUGCAAGACGGGCCCCACACGAACUCAAUCUACAGCCAGGGCCCAUGGUGGUGCAUCAUACACCACGCAAUGCAGGCAAUUUCGGUGCUUUUGCUUGGCCUCUCAUAUCCUUCUUCCACCUCUUAUAAUAGCACGAUGCUCGUCCACGACCUAAAGAAGGCUAUUCGCUGGCUCCAGAGAACACAAGACCCAGUAGCUGAGAGCGCCUAUAAAGUAGCUCUCAGCGCGUUCGAAAGCGUAGCGAGACGAUGUUCAGUAGACGUCUCGGACCUUCGUACCGUGGGCACCGAGGCGACAGUGGCUGCCCGAGGGCAGAUAUUGCCCCAUGCAGUCUCUGAUGCAGGCAUGGUUUCCUACCUGCCGGCCCAUUUUGUCACCAUGGCGAUGCCUCCAGUUGCCCACCCUGCACUAGCGACUCAUCCGACCUACGACACCAUGAUGGGGGGCGGUCCCUUCCCUUCCCAGAACGAAGCUCCGAUACUGAACGAAUCCUACUACAUGGCCAGAUAACGAGACGAGUGUAUAGUGCUUGGUCGUCAGGGCGAAAGGGCGUUGGGCGGUAGUCUUAUAAUAAGCGUGCGGUAUUUAUUACGUGUGUGUAGUAUUCAGGACAUUGGCUGGUGAAUGGAUUUGAGAUGGAGAGCGAAUGAGGAGCUUCACAGGUGGCAACUGAGUUACAAGGCGAUGCUUUGAGUCGCCAUGUGACGAUGCGCAAGCACGUCAUGACGUCAGCUGUAAUCCAACUGCUGAAGGAAGGGAUGCACAUAACACCAGAUUCAACGACAAGGUACUGGCACAAGCUGCAGCGCGC